AUCAUCCAGGGGCUGCUUGUGACUCAGAAGAUCACAUUUCCAUAACAAUGAAUGAGUUUUCUUUGUUGUCUUCUGGCAUUAUUGUCUUGAAAGAGCAGGAGGAGGCUUCUAAAGAGGAAACACAACAUCGUGGUGUCCUGCUUCUAAAAUUGCACUUUAAAAAAAGAAAGAAGUCUUUGUCUUAUUUCAAUGUUCUUAACGGGUCACUUUUUAGAAAUGUCAGUCAUGGAUUUAUCACCUGCUGGUUCCUGCACUUGCUGGGAAAUGCUAAUAUGCAUGAUGUUUUUUUCAAUAAUCUUUUUUGGGAGGAAACACAGACAACGGGGGAAAGAGUUUAUCUUAUUGGUUCAGCUGACAACACAGCGACCCGCCCACCUCUCCUCCUCCUGUCGGUCUCUUUUGUUGUGCUUGCUGCCAAUGGUUUGGCCCACAAAGCCGGUCACUGCUGGCCACGCUGCCAUGGCAACCAGGAAAGACUCUCCGCCGUCAGCCGAGUCGUGUGAGUGUGAAUGUGUGAAUGUGAAUGAGUGACUGUGUGUUGUGUUUUGGGGCGCAGAAAGAGCAGAACCAGGUGAGCCGGAGUCCAGACGGACCACAACAACACGGGGGGGGGGGCUGGUUUUGACCUUUUCACCUUCAGUUGGACCGUUCCCUCGUCGUCCUCCGGGCUCGUGAGUCUCUGGCUCGUGUGUUAAUGUGUGACCUGAAGAAUGCGGUGUGUGAAUGUGUCCGGUGUGUGAAGACGCUUGGUAAAUGCUCAGUGAGUGGACGUGUCUGUAUGUGAAUGGUGGAAUGUGUGGACUUUUAAAAACUGUGUGUUGUGCCAGGAGCAGCCGGCCCCUCGAUGGCCGCCGGCGCCGCGGCGCCCCUGCCUCCGGUGAAGAGCGUGGUGGUGUUCAGGAACGGAGACCCCUUCGACAGCGGGCGCCGGUUCGUGGUCAACCAGAGGCAGGUGGCCACCAUGGAGGCCUUCCUGACCGAAGUGACCCACGGCAUCGGGGCGCCGCUCGCCGUCAGGACCCUGUUCACGCCCAGACGGGGCCACCGGGUCCCAGAGCUCCGGGACCUGCAGACGGGGGCCCAGUACGUCGCCGCUGGCUUUGAGAGGUUCAAGAAGCUGGAUUACUUGAACACCAAUAUGAGAAAGCACCCUGCGGCCCGUGAAGAAACCCAGGCCAGAGUCCCCCAGAGGCCAAACGUUUCAGCCAAAUGGAGGAAGUUUGUACCUCUACCUUGCAUUUUACACGUUUUCCGGAAUGGAGAUCUCCUCUGUCCACCGUUCCGGUUCAUCAUUCCCCGGAGCCUGCAGCCGGACCUGGAGAAGAUCCUGAGUCUGGUCACAGAGAAGGUCAGCUUACGAACUGGAGCCGUGCGCAGGUUGUGCUCUUUGGAAGGAGCGACGGUGUCCUCGGCUCUGGAACUGGAGACGGGCCGCUGCUACGUUGCCGUGGGAACCGAGAGGUUCAAGAAACUUCCAUAUGUGGAGCUGUUGCUUUCCAAAGCCACAGAGAGAUAUAACCCAGGAAAGAGAAGGCUGUUUGUGAGAAACGAGAACAGGGACGCACGGAGCGGUCCGGAAGACCAGUUCAGCGACUCGGCCCUCCUCAACUCCCCAGAGUCAGACGGUCGGAGGGUGAAGUCGACGGGAGACGAAGCUGCAGCUCCAUCAGGCGCACAGCAGAGGAGCAAGAGAGGAGGAGGAGGAGGAGGAGGAGGAGCAGAUGAGAUCUCUGCGUUCUUCGCCAGGCCGGUCAAGAUCCGCACCAACAAGGGGGGACAGCCGAGACCCCCACCCGGCAACGGAUCCGUGCAGCCCAGCGCGUUCAGAAGAGCAGGCCGCAGGAGGAGAGAGGAGGCGCGAGGGGCCGAGGAGGUGCAGGAGGACGAAAACACGAGGACGGAGCUCCCCGUCGACCAGAGAGCGGCAGAAACAGUGGAGGAGGAACCAGACGGCCGGAACACACAGCAGAGACGUUCACAAGUGAUGGAGAACGCGCUGCCCGGUGGGAGCGAUCGCAAUGGAAAACAGGUACAUCCUCCGUCAUCUGAGCAGGAGGCUGCGACACAGAGGACCGAGGAGUCUGCUGCUGGAUGUCUGGAGCCGGAGCCGAAGCAGACGUCGUUAAAGUCGAGGCCUUCUUCAUCAGCCUCUCAGCCACAGACUGGAGAAGACGAGGCAAGCCCACAACCGAGCUCAAUGAAAUGUGUGUUUGAUUGCUUUUUUUGUGUUUGUUUUUUACAGCGUCUUAAUUUAUUUUAACAGGAGAGCUUCCAGAACCAUCAUCAGGACGACUGAUGAAUAACAAGCACAUAACAUGUGUCAAAGAGGUUGCAUCAUCAUAAACAGCAGAUGAAUGAAUGUUUGA